GAAAACAGAUGUGUAAUUAUUGGAAAAGAGAAGUUUAAAUGGGGUAUGUUUAAAAUUCUGCAUAUGAAGCAGAUGUUUUCCACAAAAUGAAGACCAGUCUGUGCUACAGAAAUAACCAUUUCAAAGUCUCCUCUACCCUACCAGUAUAACUUAGAGGACACUGUUACAACUUGGUUGUCCCCUGACCGGGUUACAAAAUUACUGUUGCUUGUAGUGUGGAUGAGAACUGUUGAUGUCCCCAUAACUGGGCUAAAGCUUGGUCAGAUUUCAUGAUGGUUUUUAGUGUGUAAUGGACCAUAAAGCCACAGCUCUGAAACAUGGUUGUGGUGCUCGUGUUGCACAAGAAGCAAAAAAGUUUGUUUAAACUUGUCAGGGAGCCACAGCAGAGCCCUGGUAGGGCCACAACCCUACUUCACAAUUGUAUUUAAACAUGGAGAUUUUAAUAGUGUAAAGAGGGCCUGAAUGGAGAGAAGGAGAUAAACAUACUCAAGAAAAUAGUGUGCACAAACAAACCUCAAGAAAAACAAGGUCUUAAGAGAUGGAAGGAAUUUUCUACACACAGUAAUUAAUCUGUGUAAAAUACUACCCAAAGGCAUCAGCCAAACUAUAAUCAAGCAGUCACAAGAAAUUGAUAGGUAUUUAAGAAGAAAACAAAAUUGCAGGAUAAGACUGGCUGAUGUACAUAUUCUAGAUUCUGGGCAUUCUCACUAGCAAUAUAGUGUAAUGAUUUUUUUUUAAACUGUGGUGAAAAAGGGACGGUAGACAAUUCCUGUUACCUGCCAAAGGGGUGGGGGGAAAUAUCCAAGAAACUAUUAAUGGAUUAGUAUACUUGGAGGCAUACAUUUAUUAAACAGGCUAAAGGUCCUUCCUAAGAACUUGAGUGAAGUUCAUCAUGCCUCAUGUCUGUUUGCAAACAGACAGGAUAGUACUCUCCGAGAAUACAUGUGUUGAGAUUUUCUUGCUGCAAUUUCUCCUUUGUUUCUUUUGAAACUGGUAAAGUAUGUAAUUUUUCUCUUGCUGAAUGUAUAGGACAAUUUAGCUGUGGGCAGAUCUGCUGAAUCUAGAAAGCAACACUAAAGCUGCUGCUUCUGCAGUUAUUGUUAGUACAGCACAGCAAAGCACUGCAAAUAAAAAUUUGCAUUGUACUUUCUGCAAUGGAACUUUUUAGUGGGUGGGAAACAACUAGAUUAAUUUGGAAUUAUAAAUUAAGUGCUUUCCCUCUGUAACUCAUUCUUUAAAAGAUGAAGAUGUACUUUAUAAACUCUCUCUCCUAAAUAGAGUAAGUGGUUUGCUUUCUUUUCCCAGAAUGAAUUGUGAGUCUGUAAAAGUGAUAUCAGCAGUGUCAUUAUUUUGUAAGGGCUGGAUGGAGUUGAAAUAGUUUCUGAGGGGGAUGAUCUCACUUAACUCUUAGAAUAGACAAUGAGAAAUUGCACUCACUUCUGAGGAACUUUCUUUCCAACAGUUGCUCUCUAUUCUAUUGCAUUGUCCACUGAAGGUGAUGCUUGGAGCUGCAGAAGCUUGCGCCACAAGAAAGUAUGUAUUCUAUUGAGGAGGUGGUGGAUAUAUAUUUUUUUCCCUCCACUUCUGCCUGUGCCUCUUGAUUAUCAUCUUUUUGGUAAUGUAUGUCCAUGGACUUAGCAUCCUGUUAUAUUUUCUUUCACCUUUCACUGCAGGCAAUUUCGGAGGGUCCCUGAUUCUUUUUUCUGCCUGUUUCUUUUUAAAUCUAUUAACCCCCUUCUGGUGUUAUUGCAAACAGGGAAUCUGGAUGUUCCUUGAAUUUUGGCAAACACAGGACAUAUUUUUAUUACUUAUUUUUUAUUAUUAUUGCUUGGACUCUGUAGUGGAAAAGGGACAAUGAAUAAGAAUGGGAACCAGAACCCAUAAUCUUAUUUAGCAAUUCAAGUGGAAAUGGUAACUGACAUAGUGGUAAAAAGUUGGUGUCACUGGAGGAGAGUAUUAUACAACCAAAAAUGUGAAUAUUAUAUUAUGACCUUCCUACCCCUCUCCCCCAAAACAUGUGUGUAAUUCUGAAACUCCAGGUACAUGAUUUUGUUUUUAAUAUUUGAUAAUUUUUAUAAUAAAGUACGCUUUUGAGUAUACAUUCUGUUCUAGUGUUUCUACAUUGAUAUCUUUGCAAAGGCGUUGUCUUAUUUUUAGGACUUUAAGUUGUUCUAUGUUCAACAGCCUUAGCGCUUAUAAUGAUGUUAAAUGUCUUCUGUUGCUCAUCUUCCCCCACCCCAAUUUAGUUUUAGAACUUGCUAAAAAUUGUUGAAGAUGGGAGGUGCAGUGAGUGCAGGAGAAGAUAAUGAUGAAUUAAUCGAUAAUCUGAAAGAAGCACAGUAUAUCCGAACAGAGCUGGUGGAGCAGGCAUUCCGUGCCAUUGAUCGAGCAGACUACUAUCUUGAUGAUUUUAAGGACAAUGCUUACAAAGACUUGGCGUGGAAACAUGGAAAUUUUCAUCUCUCUGCACCGUGCAUUUACUCCGAGGUGAUGGAAGCUUUGGAUCUACAGCCGGGAUUGUCGUUCUUGAAUCUGGGCAGUGGCACCGGUUAUCUGAGUUCUAUGGUUGGACUCAUCUUGGGUCCUUUUGGUGUUAACCAUGGUGUGGAGCUUCACUCUGAUGUUAUAGAGUAUGCAAAGCAGAAAUUGGACUUCUUCAUCAGAACAAGUGACAGCUUUGACAAAUUUGAAUUCUGUGAGCCAUCCUUUGUUACUGGCAAUUGUUUAGAGAUCUCUCCAGAUUCUACUCAGUAUGACCGUGUUUACUGUGGUGCUGGGGUACAGAAAGAACAUGAGGACUACAUGAAGAGUCUGCUGAAAGUUGGGGGAAUUCUCGUCAUGCCACUCGAGGAAAAGCUGACGAAGAUAACGCGCACUGGUCCUGCUGCCUGGGAAACCAAGAAGAUCCUUGCUGUUUCUUUUGCUCCUCUGAUUCAACCCAUUCAUGCAGAUUCAGGGAAAUCGAGACUUGUUCACUUGCCACCAAUAACUGUCCGCAGCCUACAAGAUCUGGCUCGCAUUGCCAUCCGAGGAACAAUUAAGAGGAUAAUACAUCAAGAAACAAUGAGCAAAAAUGGAAAUGGUCUGAAAAACCCUCCAAGGUUUAAACGAAGACGUGUUCGCCGCCGUCGCAUGGAAACCAUUGUCUUCUUGGAUAAAGAAGUCUUUGCCAGUCGUAUCUCAAACCCCUCAGAUGAUAACAACAACUGUGAGGAGAUUGAGGAGGAGAGGAGAGAAGAGGAGGAAAAGGGUAUCUCUGAACUGAAGCCAGACCCCCCUGUAAACUUUCUGAGAGAGAAGGUCUUGAGUCUGCCUUUGCCUGAUCCUCUGAAAUAUUACCUGCUUUAUUACAGAGAAAAAUAAGUUUCUUGUUCAUAGAAAGCAGAAAGGUAGAUAUAAAAAUAAAAUACUUCUUAGGGCUUGACAAAUGUGUACCACUUGCUUGCCUGUUAACAUGACCACACAUGGCAGUAGGCUGGCUAGCUGGGGAAUGUGGCUGCUGUAUUCUUAAACAUCAUAGCUUUUUUUAAGUUUCCUCUCCUUCUUGGUUGUAUGCUAGAGUUUUAUCCUGCGGCAGUGUUCCCUUUUAAAAAGCAAGCUGAUGAAGUGUUCAGUUGCUUAGAGAGAGAAGGAUAUCAUUCCCUGAAAACUAACUACACAGAGAUGUCUAUUGAAAUCUCUUGGCUGCAUUUUCACCAAAUUGCAGUUUUAAAUAUUCUUAGGCAGUGCUCGAAAGACUUCAUUGUGCAUGCUCUCUUACUAACUUUGACACAAAUAGAGUACACAUUUGGUUUCAUUUUUAAACAGAGAUAUUGGUAAAAUCUGACCUGGUAAACCUUAUUUGUUCCAGUAAUCUGCAAAAAACACAAACAUAUAAAAUCAGACUUUGGUAGUACUUUGGUAGUACUUUGAGGUAUCCAGGUUUUUAACACUGAAGCAAAGCACUGGCCACCUUUUGAUUGGUGGGUCUCAGGUUAGCUAUAAACCUUACAUUUUUUUAGAUUUUGAGGGAAGAAGAAUGUUUGGCAGGGAGUUGGUGUUUCCUUCAAAGAAAACAGCUUGUUCUGAAAAUCCAGUCUGAGGUGAGAUGCAAGCUAUGUAAGGUUUAAAAAGAAAUAAGGAGAGCGAAUUUAAUUUAGAGUUGCUAAACUGAUCCGCUGAAUUUCAAAGAUUGCUAGAGUGAUCAGGUUUGUGGCUGUUUCCUCUGGCACCACUUCUAAACUAAUUCAGAAAAAAAUGAGUGAAAAAAGGACAAACCUAGCAAGGAGCUAAACUAAGACUGGUUCUGAUAGCGCUAUCAAUAGACCUUAUAUGAGGUAAUGUGUGACUGCUGUGCUGAACAUAGCGUAAGGCAGGUAGUCUCAGGCAUUCCUAGCCUGAACUAAAGGAAGUAGCCAGUAUCCUGGGAAAUGAACCAAACUUUGUUUCUCAGAGGUUGCACGGAAAGUGGAAACAGUCUAGGAAGCCAAAGUGAGUGGUUAUGCUACUGACACAUAAUGCUUAAGUGCCCUGUUGGGGCUCUGCUGUAGCAAGGAGACUGCAAUGCUGUUCACAUAUACCUUGUCCUUGUAGAUUAGCAGGAACUAGAUUUACAGCCUUACUAGUUCAUUUAAUUUUUGUUUGUUUCUUUAAGGAGCUUGUGUAGAAAGACUAUAACCUGCAGUUUCAUGGAGUAUAAAUUCUAAUCUUUAUUCUCAAGUCUUCCUGUAAUGAUGGUAGGAAGAGAUUUAUAUUCAUGUUUUGAGGGGAAGAUUGCUUGAUUAUUUUAGCCUGUUUGAGAAAAUCUGUGUACAGUAUUGGGGGCUAGAAGGAAACAAUUGAGGCUGCGUUUGGAUCACUCAAAGGCUGACUAAAUAAUAAUCCUAUCAGUAGAUAAUCCAGCUAUGUUAGAAGGGUAUUUCCUCAUCAGUUGGUGGGUUUGAUCUUGAUCUCAUUUGUAUGGUCUCCUCAACUUGCUAAGAGGAGUGAAUGAAGAUUGUUUUGCCAAAACACAUUAACCCAGACUUUGUUACAUGGUACUGAAUCGCACAAUUUGCAUUGACUGAGUUGUGUGUUUUAAAUCUUGUGCAACACUUUGAAAAUGUAGGAAUUAGUCUAAUGUGUCUAAGCAAUGUUUUUAUGCUCGCUCCCUUUUUAAGUCUCCAAAUACCCACUCUGUAAUUGUGACAAUUAACAUGUCUUUUUCUAUAAAAUACAAUGUAUGGAUGUCCAAUAAAAUCCCUGUGAACUGCAUUUGUUGUGACCUCAGAGGAUAUUAUUUUUAACUGUUAAACAUUCGUGUUCCAUGUUUGUCAUAGAUAUAUGCCUUUCUCUCCAGUGGCAAGACAAUUUUUCACCUUUUGAGCAGCCUCUCGAUUUGGGCUGCCAAUUCCCCCUCCUAUUUAUUAUUAAUUGCAGGCCUUUCUACAGAUAUCGUGUAGAAGUCUCCUAUUUUUAAAAUAGUCAAUAACAACUUGAAGUGGAUAUUUAUAUGAAUAAUCCUAUUUGUUGCUUCUGUUACUUUAUCUUUGCAUUUGGCACUGUUUGAUGUUUUUUCCUAUAACUAUAAAAGAUAUUUUGUCAGAUUUUCA